CGGCUUCCCAGGGACUUCCCCUGCCUAGCCUCAAGCCUGCCACCUCGUAUUCGUACGUGAAUAUGAAUCAGCAGCUCGGUUGUGUGUUCGUGUGUGACGUUUAUUUUGACACAUGGAGAGGUUAAGAAGACAAUGAGCAGAAACUAGAGUUUUUGAUAAUGACUUAAUGUAAUGCUAUUGACGUAAUGGAUUCGAACCAAACUUCCUUGAAUCCCUAUGAAGCAGAGGAAGAAUGUGAUGUGAAAUACGAGCAAUCGUCAUGUGACACUCGUGAUCUUAGUUACCAUGACAUAGCUACUAAACUUUUGAAUGACAACCUUCUCCUGACUGCCUUAGAACUUCAUGCUGAACUUGUUGAAGCUGGGAAGGAGCUUCCCAAAUUGCGAGUCUUCUUUUCAAAUCCUGGCAAUUUCGAACAGCAUACUAUAGCUAAACCAGAUAUUUGCUCCCCAUCCAUCCCACGCUCACUUAGUCAAGCUACUCUUGAUUCGUUAGAUUUAACGAGGUUUUCAGAAGAUGGUGAAAGAGGAGUUGAUGAAAGGGUAGCAGUUCUUGAAUUUGAACUGCGAAAGGCAAAGGAGACAAUAUGUGCUUUAAGAGCUAACUUGACUGUUGCCACUGAAUCUGAGACUCCAACACCCGAAGGGGUUGCUGUUAAACCGUUUGGCAGCGAACCAGUCAAACCUCAUGAGCAGCGAGCUCUCAAUUUUCUCAUUAAUGAGUAUCUAAUGUUGCAUGACUAUAAACUGACAUCAAUUACUUUUGCUGAUGAAAAUGAAAACCAGGACUUUGAGGAUUGGGAUGAUGUUGGUCUUAAUAUUCCCAAACCUGCAGAGCUGCUUCAGUUAUAUCGUGAUUACAUGAGGCAGACUGGUCACUUGAAAGCUCCUCACAUUGAUGCAGAAUGUCAAACAGAUGAUGCUGCUGAAGAGGAUGUGCAGACCGUAGAUAUUACUGCAAUAGAAAAACUGAGAAAUGAAGUUUGUGGAUUGCAAGGACAGAAUGAAAGUUUAGAGAGAGAGAAACAGGAACUUCAGAAUAAACUAUGGUCGCUUGAACGGCUAAGCAAUGAUGCCAACCAUUCUGGGGAGCAUGUAAAAGAAGCAGCAAAGACCAGUAAGGAAAGUUUUAAUCGAGAUGAAGAGGAUGGUGAUGGCUGGACUGCUGUGGCCCCAAUGGACCUGAGAGAUUUACAACAUACUACUGCUGAAGAAGAUCAGAUAUCGGCUGACAUUGACUGGGCUUCUGUCACUAUGUCCACUCCCGACCCUGUGAAGGUAACAAGGUCAGACUCCCAGUCAGGCUCGGGCUCGGGCUCGGGAUCGGCGUGGGGUGCAAGUGACACUAGAGGCCUUGUAACGGAAGAUGAAGACCGUAUUUCGGCUGAUGCGGAAUGGACUUCGGUUGGAUCUAGCCAAAGUGCUCCACAGACCAGAGCAAAAAAUGUGCCUUCAUCUGUAAAUCUAGAUACAUUUUAUCAGGACUUUGAAAGACCUCUGUCUACAGCUCUUUGUAAGGAAGUUUUGUCCAUAUGCACUAUAAACACCCAACAAUUACCUGAGAGUCACCAACAUUUGUCAGAGGCUCUUUCAAAGGUUGGGGAACUCUCAGGGCCAACAGAUGGUCUUACUGACAAACUUGUACAUAUUUUGUCUAAGACACUUGUGAAACUUCUACCCUGUGUCAUUUUGAAUAGACGAGAGGAAGUGAUUCCAUUGCUGGUAACAUUAGUGCGGCUUCAUCCUGAUGGCAAAGAAAGAGAUGGCCUUUUGCACCAACUUUUUAACCUUAAGAAGAGACCAGAUGAGGAGGAACGGCGUCUCAUUUUGACUGGUUUAAUAUAUGUUGCUCAAGGGAUGGAAUGUGGACUUGUAGAAAAUGAGGUUUUGCCUCAAUGUUGGGAGCAAAUCAAUCACAAAUAUGUGGAGCGCAGACUUCUUGUCGCUGAAGCUUGUGGAGUGUUGGCUCCGUUUGUGACUGGUGCAAUGAGAAACUCUCUUAUGCUAUCCAUCCUACAACAAAUGCUCUCAGAGGACCGUGAAGAGAUGGUCCGGGCUGCUGUUGUUCGAUCAGCUGCUUUAAUUGCUGCCAUGAGUCCAGUCUGUGAUAAAUAUGCUCAGUGUGAAGAUCUUGUCAUAGCCUGUUUAACUGACCCUUCACCCAUCGUAAUCAAUUGUGUCACUCAAACUUUGCUUCCUGUGGUGGCUCAAUGGGCUCUUUCCACCAACUGUCUUCAGUCAAGCCUCUUGACAAAAUUACUCAAUCAACUCUCAUUACAUGUGCAGGCCAAACAGGCAGAAUCACCUCGUAGUCCUUCAAUGGUUCCAAGCAGCGGAAGUCAAGCUUCACUGGCAGCUUUAAACAUUACUACAGUCAUGACUGCUGGCCUGCCUUUCCUUGUGUUAUGCGUAGCCAAUGUUCAGCCAGUCACUGCCAGGAUCUCUUCUGAUCUCUUGGCACCUCAAUCGAGAAUUGGUUUUUCUGAGCUGUGUCGUGGUCUUUCAAAUCCGGUUGUAUUUCACUGUGGAAGUACUACUGUUGGACAGAUAAUUGCAGCAUUUGAUGCCUUCUUAAUUGACCUGGAUGCUUCACAUUAUUGGCCUGAAUUAUGCUGGAUAUCUGACAAUAUGCUUCCAGUUCUUAUUGACAUUCUAAACCAUGUCACUGUUUCUCAAGAUGACCUCUUGUGUGCCCUUGUGUCCUUCUUCCGCUAUUUAUGUGCAGGAUUUGGACCAUUAGUCGUUUCUAAACUGAUAAAGCCAGCAUUUGAGAGUAAGCUCCAAGAAAUCGAGCAGACCUUAGUUGAAUUAUCAGGAUCUGCUGCAAAAUCCUGUUGGCCUUCUCUUUCUAUCCUCGCAGUGUACCUUGGUGGUGUCCUUUCAACUGGUCAGUCGGAAACCGAAAUAGAUGACCUCCGAAACACACUGCGAAGAUUUUUGAUGGCACUGCCUCUUUGCUCAGCUAAUACCCCUGAUAGAUUUGGAAGUGGUCCCAUUGAUGCUCUGCAGGCUGCAGUAUCUGUCUUGUGUUGUGCCAACAAGGACACUGUCACUGAGGCAGUGUUGGCAACUUUAUGGGAAGGUGUUGUUUCCCAGCGUGCCCCAGUGCGGUGUGCAACGGCUUCUCUUUUUUCGGCUGUAAUUGGAACCAUACCAGAAGCCUUGAUUUCAGCGAGAGUUGCCCCUGCUUUGGUCACAUUAGCCAGUGACCCUGAUGUAUCAGUCAAAACAGCUGCAGUUCCUACAUUUGGAAAACUUAUCCUAAGCACUACUACUAAGGAAGUGAAAGAGAAAGUUUGUUUCCAACUCCAGAGUGUGUUAUCUGAUCCUGCUACUAAAGACAGCCAUGCACUGAUGCUACAAUUGGUCACCACACUUGGUCAGGUGGUCUCUUCUUGUGACGCCCAAUUUAGAGAAGAUGUUAUAAUGCCACAGCUCGCAGGCUUAGCUGCAUAUGCCUCGCAACUACAGAAUCUAACUCGCCGGUUGGAUUUAGCGGUUGCCCUGACGGAGGCUUUCUCUGCAGCUGUGUAUGUUCCACUUCCAGCAUCAGUCCUAAGCAGUGCUGUGCUUCCUGGUUUGCGUUAUCUUGAACAAAUAAGCCAACAGCUGCAACCAGUUCAUAGAGAAACAAUCUUGGCCAUGAUGCGAGAAGUUGAGUCAAGAUCUGAUGCACCGACGACUCGGCAAGAAGAAAGGCGCUCCAGUCGUGGACUAGCAUCAGCAACAGCAAAUAUGAACCAAGGCGUGGAGGACAUGAGGCAGCGGAUGAGCAAAAUGUUUCAGCCUAAGAACUUAGGGAAUCAACCUGGUUUGCCCAGUCUCUUUCGCAAGAAAUGAACAUACCGGUAGUUUGUGCAAUGAUACGUUACCAUUGUCUACACAGGUCUUCUUCACUUUGUUUAUGUGCUUUAUUGAUAGUUUUCUUUAUUAUGCUUCAGGUUUUUCUUUAAAAUAUGAACUGUGUUUGGAGCACUAUCUUUUCAUGUCUCUUUUUCUAUUCAUUUAUGAUUUCCAUGCUGUACCUCUAUCUUGCAAUCAAAUUUUUGACAAUUUUCUUUUUAUGCCCUUUUAUUCUAUCAUAACUUUAAUAUUAUUGGUCUCAUUUGCUGCUUUACUAUUAGCAUAGCUAUAAAACCUAUGAAGACUGGGAAUUUUAUAACAUUGAAAUUGUGACAUUCAGACAGUAGACUGCACUGGUGGCUAAUGGUUGAUAUAUCUUUAAUUACAAUUUGGCCUUGUGUUUAUCAAUUGUUGUCUGCAAAUAAUCAUAUCUGCAUGUUGGUUAGUAAAGAUUCCUGACUUUUGUUAAUAGGGGUAUGUUGGGGAAGAAAAGUUCAGUGUAAGAAAAGCUCAUCCUUGUGGAGCUGAUGUCUUGACUGGAACCAUCCCAGUUACUUCAACCAAAAAAAUCUGAGUGUGAAAUCCCUGUCAAAUGGAUGUUGAGAUCCCUGCAGUAGGUCACAGUGGGGUGUACUUUUCAUCCCCAACGUACCCUUACGGCAAUGAUGUGUUAUCAUGAAUCUCGUUUUGUUAGAUAAUUAGACAACAAACAUUUUUGUGAUAAUCGGGUACAGUGGCAACUAUGGUGUUGUGUUUUGUCAGUAUCUUUUAAUCUAGACAAAAUUCUGUUGUGAUUCUGUUGCUGAAUUUGAAGCCUGAAGACUUGUUGCCUGUGAUUAUACUCUAAAGAUAUUAUUUUGUUUCCAUUUCGACCAUUUGAAGAAGUUCCCAAUUAUAAUUAAUUUAGUUAUUCAAGAUCUAUAUAUACUCUCUUACUCUCAGUUGCUUUCAUUUACAGUAUUUUUGAAGCUGUUUAUGAUGUUAAGAUCCUUGCAAGUAGUGACAAUGUGCAGCUACAUUUAGGAGUUUUUUUGGGGAAAAGAAAGCCAUGUACUUAAACAACCAACAGAUUUUAAUAUUGUUACUUAGUUUUACCUGUUUGGUAUUUAGUUUCUUGUUAAAUAUCAGUUAUAAUGAACUUAUUUUUGUAAUUUUAUUGAUGAGAUUGCAACUAUGGAAAAUAAACAACCACUUAGAAGUUAAACAAAA